AGAUGACAAUAAACGUGCAGUGUGCUCCGGAAAUGUGCCCUCUACAUCCCAAGCAGCGUUUUCAGUGAACAGCGCCACCUCCCCCAACACCUUCUACUUUCAACUUCCCUUUAAGAAGCAUUUUUUGAAAAGCAAAGAUAAUAUGAAAAUGAAGGCACCCCAUCUGGAGUCCGGCAGCGCGGGAGAACUGGACGAAGUCAUUCGGAAGCGUCUUCUGAUUGAUGGAGAUGGUGCUGGGGAUGAUCGGAGAAUUAAUCUCCUUGUGAAAAGCUUCAUUAAAUGGUGCAACUCUGGAUCCCAAGAGGAAGGAUAUAGCCAGUACCAACGUAUGCUGAGCACUCUGUCUCAAUGUGAAUUUUCAAUGGGCAAAACUUUGCUGGUAUAUGAUAUGAAUCUCAGAGAAAUGGAAAAUUAUGAAAAAAUAUACAAAGAAAUAGAAUGUAGUAUUGCGGGAGCACAUGAAAAAAUUGCUGAGUGUAAAAAGCAAAUUCUUCAAGCAAAACGAAUACGGAAAAAUCGACAAGAAUAUGAUGCUUUGGCAAAAGUGAUUCAGCAUCAUCCAGACAGGCAUGAGACAUUAAAGGAGCUAGAGGCUCUGGGCAAAGAAUUGGAGCAUCUCUCACAUAUUAAAGAAAGUGUUGAAGAUAAGCUGGAAUUGAGACGGAAACAAUUCCAUGUUCUUCUUAGUACCAUCCACGAACUUCAACAAACAUUGGAGAAUGAUGACAAGCUGUCAGAGGUGGAUGACGCUCAAGAAAGUGCCAUGGAAGCAGACCCUAAGCCGUAGACAUCGACAGGCUGACUGUCGCCAUUGGCAGGGUGGUGGAAAGCCGCACGGCUUACUGGGUUCAGCUUGUUGUGGUUGUGAGGCACUUCAGCUUUGGCAGUGAAAUGCUUUGCUUUUAAAUAUUAAUUCAUGUCUCACUCAUAUUUCUUCACACAAAGGAAACGUGUUUGGUGUAUGUGUAUUUUUUAAAUGCAUUUUUAUCCUUCAAGGUAGAGUUCAACAUCUGAAAACAUUUAAUAAAAUGUCUCAAGCUGGA